CGGAAGGGCAGUGCCGGGCGGGAAGCUGAGCUGAACGGAGCGGGUAGGAUGGCGGCGCCGGGGCUGACCGAGGCGGCUGCUCAGUGGCUGCGCUGGGACAAGAAUACUAAAACCUCAGAAAUAGUGAAGCAACUGGUUGCUGAAAAAAAUGCAGGAGAACUACAAAAAUGUUUUAGUUCACGGAUGGAGUUUGGCACAGCAGGACUCAGAGCAGCCAUGGGGGCAGGAAUUUCUCAGAUGAAUGACUUGACUAUUAUCCAGACAACUCAGGGAUUUUGCAGGUACCUUGAAAAGAACUUCAGUGACCUAAAGAAAAGAGGGGUAGUUAUUGGUUUUGAUGCUCGCGCACAUCCUUCAAGUGGAAGUAGCAGCAAGAGGUUUGCAAGGCUUGCUGCAACAACUUUCAUCAGUCAGGGAAUUCCAGUGUACCUCUUCUCCAAUAUAACACCAACACCUUUUGUGCCCUACACAAUAACUCAUCUGAAACUUUCUGCUGGAAUUAUGAUUACUGCUUCCCAUAACCCAAAACAAGAUAAUGGUUACAAGGUUUAUUGGGAAAAUGGUGCACAGAUAACCUCACCUCAUGACAAAGGAAUCUCUCAAGCUAUUGAAGAGAACCAAGAGCCAUGGCCUCAGGCUUGGGAUGACAGUCUGGUUGACAGCAGCUUGCUACUUCAUGAUCCUUAUGUCACUAUCAAUAAGGACUACUUUAAAGACAUACAAAAGCACUGCUUUCACAGGAAUAUAAACAAGGAAACAAAGCUGAAGUUCAUCCACACUUCUGUGCAUGGUGUAGGCCAUGAAUUUGUGCAGUCAGCCUUUAAGGCAUUUGACUUUAAACCUCCAUUGGCUGUUCCUGAACAGAAGGAUCCUGAUCCAGAAUUUCCAACAGUAAAGUACCCAAAUCCUGAAGAGGGUAAAGGUGUACUGACGUUAUCUUUUGCUUUGGCUGAAAAAGAAGGGGCUGGAAUUAUUUUAGCAAAUGACCCAGAUGCUGAUCGACUUCUUGUUGCAGAGAAACAAGAAAGUGGUGAGUGGAAAGUGUUUUCUGGCAAUGAGCUUGGAGCUCUUUUAGGCUGGUGGAUCUUCACUUGCUGGAAAAAUCAGAAUCAAGACCCUACUGCCAUCAAAGAUGUGUACAUGUUAUCCAGUACUGUCUCUUCCAAAAUCUUGAGAGCAAUUGCACUGAAGGAAGGCUUUCACUUUGAGGAGACAUUGACAGGUUUCAAGUGGAUGGGAAAUCGAGCCAAGCAGCUCACGGACCAGGGGAAAACUGUUUUAUUUGCAUUUGAAGAAGCUAUAGGAUAUAUGUGCAGCCCUGUUGUCCUGGACAAAGAUGGCGUCAGUGCUGCUGUUAUAACUGCAGAGAUGUCUAGUUGGCUAGCAACCAAAAUUUUGUCUUUGUCUCAGCAGCUGAAAGCUAUCUAUGAUGAGUAUGGCUACCACAUUACUAAAGCUUCAUAUUUUAUCUGCCAUGAUCCUAAGACUAUUAAAGAGCUAUUUGAGAAACUUAGAAAUUAUGAUGGAAAGAACACUUACCCAAAAUCAUGUGGCAAAUUUAAAGUUUCUGGAGUAAGGGAUCUAACUACUGGCUACGAUAGCAGCCAGCCUGAUCAAAAGGCGGUGCUUCCUACCAGUAAAAGUAGCCAGAUGAUAACAUUUACUUUUGCUAAUGGAGGAGUGGCUACUAUGAGGACCAGUGGGACAGAACCAAAAAUCAAAUACUAUGCUGAACUCUGUGCGCCUCCUGGAAACAGUGACCCUGAGCAACUGAAGAAGGAAUUAGAUGAGCUGGUCAGUGCUAUCGAAGAGUAUUUCUUUCAACCAGAAAAAAAUAAACUGCAGCCCAAGGCAGAGUAAACAAUUAAGAUGGUUUCCUUAAUUGCACUAUCUUGCAGCAUGUUAUGGGCAAAACCCUACACUAUUUAAAAAGUAGGGAUUUUUAAGGACCAAAAAAAAAAAAUUAUUAAAAUAUAUGUCCUUACCAAUAUGUGUUCCACAUCCUCUUUGGUCUAAUGUCUUCUUUUAUCCGGGUAAAUCAAGGGAUUCCUUAUAAAAACUAGCAACCAAAUAUUGUCUGAUACAAUGCAAAUAUGUUUCACUAAUCAAGUCUUGUUCUAAUAAAAUAUUGUAUUGUACUUGCCUUGCCUUAAUUUCUGUAAAUGCAGUCUGCUUUUUACAUGUAUGUAGCCUAAUUUGAUAGCAAUGUAACGACCACGUUUUUGAUGAUGGGGAACU